CACCGACAAUUUUGUGCAACCAGCAAUUUCUCGUUUUGAUGGUCACUAUGAUCAUUGGAGUAUGCUAAUGGAAAACUUCUUGAGAUCCAAGGAGUAUUGGCAGGUUGUCGAAUCUGGGGUAGCAGGGCCAACAGCCGGAUAAAUAUUGUCAGAGGUGCAGAAAAUGGAGUUGGAAGCAUUGAAACUAAAAGAUCUUAAAACCAAAAAUUAUCUUUUCAAGCUAUUGAUCGAGCCAUUUUGGAGACAAUUCUUGGCAAAGAUACCUCCAAACAAAUUUGGGAUUCCAUGAGGAAAAAGUAUCAAGGAAAUGCAAAGGCGAAGCGGAUGCAGCUUCAAGCUCUUCGGACCGAAUUUGAGACUUUACGCAUGAAGUCAAGCGAAUCAGUCACUGAUUAUUUUGCAAGAACGAUGGCAAUCGCUAACAAGAUGAGGAUCCAUGGAGAAAAUUUGAAGGAUGUCACCAUCGUCGAGAAGAUUCUUCGAUCAAUGACAACAAAAUUUAAUUUUGUUGUAUGCUGUAUAGAAGAAUCGAAAGAUAUUGAUGCAAUUUCAAUUGAUGAGUUGCAGAGUUCUUUGUUGGUUCAUGAGCAAAAAAUUAACCAGCAAGAGAAAAAGGAGCAAGCACUAGUGGCUUCAGUAGAAAGUCACUCAAUAUGGAGAGGAGACAGAGGCAGAGGCAGAGGCAGAGGCAGAGGCAGAGGUAGAGGAAAUAAUGAUCGUGGCAAACAACAACAACAAUACCAGCACCAAGAAAAUCAAUUUCAAGAAAGAAGAAGAGGACGAGGAGGCCAUCAAUUAACAAAUCAAAGGCCAAAGUCAGCAGAUAAGUCCAAUGUUGAAUGCUACAUGUGAUGACCCCAUUUCCCUCAAGGGCGAACCCCAGAGGUUAGCGGACCGCCUGCCUAACUCUCACCAGGACUCACUCACUAACAUUAAUUUCAGAGACAACAUUAACUCUAAAGGAAGAACAAAACUCCCCAAUAGUUAUUACAAGCCAUCCAACUUCACAAAAAAAAAAA